AUGUUCGGGGGAAAUUUUGGCAACAGUGUGUCGUCAAAUGGAGGCGGAAACACUGCACAAUCCAUCGCAGGCCAGGAUCUCGAAGAGAUUGUCACAGAACAUCUCGCAUUGCAGGCCGCAGAGAUCACCUCAGGCGACCGGUUGAAGCUUUUCCCACAACCGUGGCCCUCUGACAAGUUACCUCCGCCAACAGCGUCCCUGCUGAGCAUCGCAUCCAAGAAGGGCCUUGUUGCGGCUGCAGGUCCAGAUUCGUUAGUAGUGGCCAGCACAGACAAGCUACGUGCAGCAUACAUUUCGCGUAGGAAAAAGAAGGGAGAUGGCAGUGGUGUCGCCGAGGAUGAACCACAAAUCAAACUGCACGAGUCGGAAGCUAAGUUGCAGGUACCACGCGUAUCGCAUGUCACAUUCAACUCCGACGAGACCUGUCUUGUGAUCGCGGCUGAAGAGGGUGGAGGUCUGGCAAUUUAUGACACAAAUGCGAUCACGAAGGGUGGUCACGAACCAGCGUUUCAACUAUCGACGAACGGCACCAGUGUGCGACACCUCCUUCCGAAUCCAAACCCAGAUCCCAACUUGGCUUACUUCUUUGGUAUCGUUCUCUCCAACGGCCAGUUCCUGUUGGCAGACCUCAAGGCGAGAAAGUUGGUGAACAACGCGAGCGGUUCGCCGGUUUUUCACGAGAAUGUGGUAUGCGCGGCUUGGUCGAAGUUGGGUAAGCAAGUGAUCGCUGGUCUCGAAAAUGGCAGCGCGGUACAAAUUGAUCCACAGGGAGCCAUCAAGGGCACGAUCCCACAGCCACCACAGCUUGAUGGCAUCAGGCGGGCCCAGUACGAAACUGCCAGGGCACUGCCGAUCUCGUCUAUCGCAUGGCUGUCGACUUAUGAAUUUCUUCUCAUCUAUACUCCUUUCCACGGACCACCGGGAGACGACUACCAGCCCAAGGAUUCGGUCUACUUCAUUGCACAACGCCAAAAAGAUCAGCCAUACACCUUUCAUCGGUUGACAUCAGACCCGUGCGCGGCUUUCGUGGAAUCUCGAACUCCCGCUCACUUCUUCAUCUCGCGACUCAAUGACUGGAAGCCAUCACUGUCCGAUGCGCUGAUUGUUGCAUCUUCAGCUGCGAUAGACGUCGGCAUCUUCGCCAACUUCAAAGAGAAUGGUCGAUUUGUCACUGCAGCAAUCAAGGACGAAGGCCGCAAAGCCACUUUACCACUAAGCUAUACCGACAAUUCGAGCGACACCACUCCUGUUGGUGUAGCUCUCGACUUCAGUGUCCAGGAACUCGCGCCACGGCCCAUUCCUACAGAGAGUGAUGUCGUACCUGACUCACGAGCUCCUCUGCCGGCACUCUGUAUGCUGAACACUGACGGUGUCCUCAGCCUAUGGUGGGUUGUGUACGACGAUGCUAUUCGCCAGACACAACCAUACUCGGCCAUGACGAAGGCAUCUGGCCCCCACCGCACCUACGACUACUACUCUUCAGAGAACGGACAAGCCGUUGGCGGCGUGCAGCAAUCGCAACCGACACCUUCCGGAUUCGGUGCUCCUGCAGCAAUCUCUCAAACGCAGCCAACAUCAACGGCAUCUCCAUUUGGCUCUUUCGGCAGCGGCGCUCCAGCGACUCCUCAAGCCGUCAAGCCCGCCUUCGGUCAGCCAGCAUUUGGUGCACCUAGUGCUGUGGGCUCAAGUUUCGGAGGUGCAUCCGGCCUAGGCAAGCAGGCAUCGGUUUGGGGCAGUCCCAGUCCAGCGACGCCCGCAACUAAUGCACCUGCGUUUGGUCAAUCUACCUUUGGUUCAUCCACCCCGGCCAGCACAACUCCGGCAUUUGGCAAGCCAGCAUUCGGCCAGCCAGCAUUUGGCAAGCCGGCGUUUGGUCAACCAGCAUUCGGCCAGCCGUCAGUCCCUGCCAGCGCACAAGGGCCUUCAGUACCGGCUUUUGGCCAGUCCACUUUUGGCUCGGUGGCGUCACAGACCGGAAGCGCAUUUGGACAAGCAUCAGGUCUCGGGGCCAAGAAAAGCUCCCCAUGGGGCUCGGCUUCGGCCCAAACCACCGCCAAUGCAGCUCCAGGCGCCCUCCCUGUCUUUGGAAGCUCCAGCUCAUUUGGUGCUGCUUCCACAGGGGUCACUGCUAGUCCCUUUGCCGCCGCUGCCAAGGCUCUGGGAAGCGACGGCAAAACAUCGAGUCCGUUCGGUAGCGCCAGUCAAACUAGCCCGUUCGCCGCCGCGGGCCAAAACAAAUUGUCGACAUUUGGCACUGGAGCCCCAGUGGGACAGGCUACAACGUUUGGCACGCCGUCAAAACCAAAUCCUAGUCCGUUUGCGCAGCAGAAGCCCAGCAUGCCUACCGAGGCGUCCAUGGGUUCCACUGCUACUCUAGGUUCGACAGGAAGCAGUUUUAGUUUCGGCAAACCUUCCGGCACAGACUCUUUGUUCAGCAAGCCGUCCCUGUCGAAAGAGGAGACAAUGGAGGAGGACUCGCCGACGACCACAAAGCCCGCUGAGCAAACACCGUCAGCUGCGAGCGGAUCAGGAUCGCUAUCUGGCGGUUUCAAACUGGGAACGACAUUUAAAGGCGAUGGCACUGCUAAAGACGAUCUUAUCAAACCUGCUAGUGCGGGCGAGAGUCUUUUUGGCAGUAGCUUUGGCAACGCCUUAGGUGCAGCUGCCGCGAACAAGAGUGAGCCUCCUAAAGCAGCAUCGCCAUCUUUCGGAUUCGUCAAAAAGGAACCUGGCACCGAGGAGGAUGUCUCACUUAGGAAUAUCCCAGAGGCUCCAAAGGCGCAACCGCAAGCCUCCACCCCAGCUGCCAAGGCUGAUGUUCCAGCAGACCCUCCCCUGCCUCCUGACCCAUCUACAUACAAGGCAGCAAAACUUCCAGAUGAUCUUCCUCUACCACCCGAUCCAUCAAGAUACAAAGCUGCGCCUUUACCCGACGAUCUUCCAUUACCACCGGAUCCAUUUUCACAGAAGCCCGCGCAAGGGUUGCCUUUGUCUUCUGCUGCUCCUAUUGUGGGCAGCCCACCGAUCGAUCUUGGUAAGGAAAGUCUCGUUCAAGAGAUUUCGAAGAAGGAUGCGACAGAGGACUCGACUUGGGACGAUGAGGAUGGCUUUGAGGACGAGGAUGAAGGAGAAGACGAGGACGAGGAGAAUGAGGACGACGAUGAUGAAGAGGAUGAGGAUGAUGAAGAAGAAGAUGAAGAGGGAGAAGAAGGUGAAGAGGAAGAUGACGACGAGGAUGGUAAGCCUUACCAAGCGAAAAAUCCAGCUGCUUUGGCCGCAUUCAUGCGUCGUGUCACGCCCGCAUCUCCAAAAGCAACGUCUCCUCAGGAUGAUUCGACAACCCCACAGUCAACCUUGAAGGUUAGCUAUACUCCUGCUGGGAUGCCGCGCACAAUUCCCAAAGGCCCAACAUUCCCACCUCCUGCCACUCGGCCACAGCUCAGUCCACGUUCACCGAGUCCGCAACGCGCGGUUACCAACCCUGUCAGUGGCAAAGACUUCUCCAUGAACCCGGUUCACUCUCAAAUGAAAGCUUCCGCUGUCCCGCCUGCAAGGCCAAUUGAGAGGAAGGAGGUGGCGGUACCUAAACCGAAAGAGCCCAGUGCAGGCGAGCUGCAAGACGAGGAGGAUGAUCGCAUUAAGGCAAUAUUAGCAGCGCCGGUGGAGCCCAUUACUACCUUGCAGUCAUUCCUGACUCACCAAGAACACACAGGCGCCAUCAAGACCACCGGUAUUCCCGCACAGAUUGAGAAAGUCUUCCGCGAUAUCAACGCUAUGGUCGACGUCGCGGGCUUGAACGCACGCCAUAUUGGAGCCUUUGUCCAAGGUCACAAGACGCUCAGCCACCCUGGUGACAGAACAAUUGAUGACCUUGAAGAUGCGGAUGCCUGGGUCUUGGAAGACCUGAAGGACAUGCCAAAAAUCCUGAGCGAGAUGGACAACCAGCUAUCAGAGGGAAUGCUGCAACGGCCUGAGGCUAUCAUUGCAGAUGCCAAGACUCACGAGAAUGAUCUGGUCCGAUUACGGAACAGAACAAGCGAAAUGCGCAAGUUCAUCGCGGUACACACCGAUGCUGAGCACCUAGCUGCCCAGGAGGCCGCACCACUGAACGCAGAAACCCAAGCUCAGCAAGCAGAGCUUCGACAGCGCGUGCAAAGCGUCCAAAAGCUGCUCGCCGAAGUCGAAGAGAAAAUGAGCCUUCUCCGUGCUGAGCUCGCCUCGGCCGCCUCGCGAUCUGCUGAUAAAACCUCCUCUUCACAGGCCAACGUUCCCACCGUUGAAGCUGUCAUGAACACGAUUCUCAAAAUGACAGCAAUGGUCGAGCAGCACAGCGGUGACGUCGACGUCCUAGAGUCCCAAAUCCGUCGGCUCCCGCAAGGUCUGGCAUCCCUCAAACUCACCGAUGGUGGCGACUACGAAGACUCCCUGGUAUCGAAAAUGCGCAGCAGUCGCUUCAAUACUCACGGCAGUCCCUCCGCUACUCCGCCCAGGCGCACAGUCCGCAUGGCGGCAAACGGCGACCCAUUGGGUAUGAGCGGCAUGUUUGGAUUGAGCUCCUCGCGAUUCCGCACACCGCCGUCGGCGAGCAUGUUGGGGAAAUCUGGCGCUGGCAGUGCGAUUUUCUCGCCUGGCGCGCCGGAAAGUGCGAGGAAGAAGAUGGGCGAUGUUACACAGGAAGAAGUUUUGGAGUGGCAGCGAAGGAAGGAGAGAAGGUCUGCGGUACUCAAGGCUUUGAAGGAGAGGGUUCUCGAUAGGGAGACGAGAGUUGUACGAUUGUAGAAUUAAUCGGUUUGAUGUAGAAGAAGUAUUGUAGAAUGAUGGUAUGACUUGC